AAAAGCGUCGGGUGUUUCAGAUGUUGGGAACACACGUGUGUCAGGAUGGACUGAUUGCUGCCGUGAACGUGAACGAGGCAACAAGUUGUUGCUUGUGUUCGCCUGUCUGACUUCACCAGGAGAGACGCCGUCGGGACCGCAUUUCCCCGCGUGCACCUCAACCUGAAUUAAUCCUCGCGAAGCUCGGUGGACAACAAAGGUGCGAGUCAUCCGAGCGUCUUUCCUCCUCCUCCCCCCUGAGGAAACUGAAACGCGCGCGCACAGCGGAUGCCGGGUGCGCACAGACGGUUUGCGGUGAGUUUCUCUGUCAGUGAGCCUGCGCGGCUCGAUGAGUGACACCAGGAGGAGGAAGACAGACAGACAGUUAUCGUGGCUCAAACUCGACUUGGAUGGCACCCAGCUCCCGCUGAGCUCGAGCGGCAGAGCACCCAAGUGGCGAGUCGGGGGGUGGGUGGGGGGGCUGUACGUGAAGCUUAAAGAAGUCGGGAUGGACGGCAAAGGCACCCUGAAGAUGUUCAGGAAGAAACGGGAACUAAUCAAGACACCGUCUAUCUCGAAGAAGAGUCGAGCAGGAAGCCCUGGGCCACAGAGCGGCGCCCCGUCUCUCUCCAUUCUCCAGGAGCAGCCUCGCAGAGAUGCAGUCGACAUCACACUCUUCUGUUCCCCCUCGUCUUCCUCCUCCUCCUCUUCGACACUUACCCCAACUUCCGCCGGGCUCCAGGAUCCCUCCGCGUCCUGCCCGGGCACCCCGAGCACUCAGCACAAUAAACUGGGAAUGAUGCAGGGGGUGGCCUGCCCAUCUCCUGUGGCCACUCUCAAGAGACCGACCGCACUGAGCCGACACGCCAGCGCUGCAGGGUUCCCGCUCCAGUCGUGGGUUUUCACUAGAGGUCAGGGGAAAGGGGCUAUAACCCCGACGACUCCAUCUGACAGUCCAGAGAGCGUGGCCAUCGAGGUGGAGGACAUCCCGGCCCUGCUGAGGGAUGUUGCACGCUUUGCGGAGGCUGUGGAGAAACUGAAGGAUGUUGUUCUGGCUGAGGGUAAGGAGAGUCAGCGGCCCGUGGCCCACGAGUGUUUAGGGGAGGUGCUUCGGAUUUUGCGGCAGGUCAUCAACACUUAUCCUCUGCUCAACACCGUCGAGAUCCUCACUGCCGCCGGCAAACUCAUAUCCAAGGUCAAAGGUUUCCACUAUGAGUCCUCUAACGAGGCUGAUAAAAAGGACUUUGAGAAGGCAAUUGAAACCAUUGCCGUCGCUUUUAGUAGCAAUGUGUCUGAACUGCUGAUGGGAGAGGUGGACAGCAGCACGUUGCUCUCCCUGCUGCCUACAGAGAAGAGCAGAUCCAUGGAGAACUUGUACACUGGUUCUGGCCAGGGAGGGGAUGGUGGACAUUACAGGAGCGACCUGCAGGACAUGGGUAGAGCUGAGGAAGUGGAUGUCAUCCUACAGCACAGCGAGGGAGGAGUGGACUCUGCUCUGCUCUACGCCAAAACCAUUUCCAAGUACAUGAAGGACCUGAUGUGCUACGUGGAAAAGAGAACUUCACUUGAGACGGAGUUCUCCAAAGGCCUCCAGAGAUUAUACCAGUCUUCCAAACACAGUAUUACACAUCCCCACAUGCCCCUUUUCUCCAUCUACUCUCUGGCUCUGGAGCAGGACCAGGAGCAGAGUGUGGGCCUGCAGCAGGCCAACAACACCCUGCACAACCAAACCUUCAUUCAGCCUCUGAUGCAGCGUAAACAGGAGCAUGAAAAGAGACGUAAGGAGAUCAAGGAACACUGGAUUCGAGCUAAAAGAAAAUUGCUGGAGUGUGAGGCAAACCUGCGGAAGGCCAAGCAAGCCUACAUAGCACGCUGCGAGGAGUACGACAAGGCUAAAACGGCAGCCUGCCGAGCUGAAGAGGAGGGAGGGGGAUCCACGGCGAAGUCUGUGGAGAAGAAGAAACGAGUGGAAGAAGAUGCUCGCAACAAGGCAGAUGAGGCGGAGGCCACCUACAAGACUUGUAUAGCAGACGCCGCCACUCAGCAGCAGGAGCUUGAGCACACAAAGGUCACAGUGCUGAGGCAGCUGCAGGACAUCAUCAAACAGAGCGAUCAGACCAUUCGCUCGGCGACCAUCUCCUACUACCAGCUCAUGCACAUGCAGACAGUAGCCCUGCCUGUGCACUACCAGACUCUGUGCGAGAGCAGCAAGCUGUACGACCCCGGCCAGCAGUACGCCGCUCACGUGCGAGACCUGCAGCUCCCAGAGCAGCCGACCAUCCAGUACGCGUUUGAGUCCUACUCCCCCUCCAACUCAUCAUCGCACCAUGGUCACAGACCGAGGAAUGACAGCUUCAACACAGACAUGCAGACGAGUCAAACAGACAGUCCUGCCGUCAGUGUGGAGACGACAGCUGGAGACAGCCGAGAGUCAGAAGUCCAGCGUAAGAGACAGGGCCACAAGUCAUGGGGCUCAACAGUGAGCGAUGACAGCGUUGUAGGAGAUGGAGGCCUGGAUUCUCCAACUGCCAGCACAAGUGACAUCGCUAAGAUUGUUCGGACUUCAUCGACUGGAACGAUGUCGUCCAAUGAGGAUGCAGAUGAGAAAGAUGGAAAUGUGACCUCAUUUGAAACUUCAAAUAUUAACGGCAUGGAUCCAGACGUGGUGGUGUCCACCGGACCUUUCCGUAAUAUCGGCCUGUCCAAAGCAGCCCUGACCCACCGACUGAGGAAGCUUCGGACUCCUUCCAAGUGCCGCGAAUGUGACAGCUACGUUUAUUUCCAGGGAGCUGAGUGCGAGGAGUGCUUCCUGGCGUGCCACAAGCGCUGUCUGGAGACUCUGGCGAUCCAGUGUGGUCAUAAGAAGCUGCAGGGCCGUCUGCAGCUGUUUGGCAGAGAUUUCACUCAGGUAGCCAGCUGUGCCAGUGACGGUAUUCCCUUCAUCAUCACAAAGUGCAUCUCUGAGAUUGAGAGACGGGCGCUGAAGAUGAAGGGCAUCUACAGGGUGAACGGAGUGAAGACCCGUGUGGAGAAACUGUGUCAGGCCUUUGAGAAUGGAAAAGAGCUGGUCGAGUUGUCUCAGUGUUCGCCACAUGACAUAAGCAACGUGCUCAAGCUUUACCUCAGACAGCUGCCUGAGCCCAUCAUGCCUUUCCAUCUGUACAACAAGCUGAUGGGUUUGGCAAAGGAGAGUCUGCAUAAUGAAGGAGACACACCAGAGGGGGAGGACUCAGAGUCGAGCAGCACACACCCGGCAGUGAGCAGGGGGCCAGAGCUGGUGGAUCUGGGCCCAGACACGGAGCCAGAGGUCCUGGUCCUGGUGGAUAGUCUGAGGGAACUUUUAAAGGAGCUGCCCAAGCCCAACAUCGCCACGCUGCGAUACAUCGUUCGCCACCUUCGAAGGAUCGCAGAGCUGGAAGAAGAUAACAAGAUGAGCCCCAGCAACCUGGGCAUCGUGUUUGGGCCCUCUCUGAUGCGGCCCCGUCCAACCGGGGCUACGAUAUCUCUGUCCUCUUUGGUUGAUUAUCCCCAUCAGGCUCGCAUCGUGGAGGCCUUCAUAGUCUUCUACUCUUCCAUCUUCCAAUCCAAAACUUCUCAGACCCACAAAACCUCCCGUGCUGCCUCCACGCAGCAGGAAAAUGUUACACAAGACAAAAUGGUGAGCCCUGUUGAUGCAGAAGAGGAUGUGAGCAGAGAGGAGCAAGCUAAACCAGAGGUUGACAAGACAGAGGAGGGAUGUGGAAGCUCUUUGGGGUCACUGGGCUCCAGUGAGCAGCUCCCAGACUCGGACUCCGAGUUGGACGAGAGGCACUCCCACAGCCUUACGAAGCAGGAGAGCGUGAGCAUAGACGAUGACCAGCUGAGCUACAGGGACAGUUUGGACCUGUCCAGUCAGUCUGCAAUCCACAUCGAGCCUGAACAAGAUCUGGAUCAGGAUCAGGAAAACCCAGAGGGAGAAGAACCCCCUGCUCUGCCAGACAGCGGGCCCCCAGAAGAAGGUGCUGGAGAAGAGCAGGAUCUGAGUGCUUCUCUGGCCGAGCUCAACAUGAAUCAGUCCAACAAUAACAACAAUUACCACCCGUGCUCUCCCACGCUGAGCCUGUCGGGCCUUCCACUGGCACGUCUCUGUGGAAAGAAAUUACCACUGACGAGAAAUCGAGACAGCGAGCCAGAGUUUGUCUGAUAUUGUCAAUCGUGUCUGUUCGUCUUUAAAUUUUGAAGUUAAUGAAAGCCUAACGCUUUGCCGUGUACAUAGGUCAAAUUAAAUUUUAAACUGUAGAUGUAUGUUACUGUACUAAUCUUUGCUGCCAGUGAAACCUCUGCGUGCUUGCUGCUCUUGGGAUUACUGGCAUUUCAAGAUAUUUGAUUUGUUUUUAUUUUAAAGCGUUUGUUUUGUUUUUUUUCUCUUCUCUGGUCUCACACCGUGAGGAAGCGUAAGCUGCAUCAAAAUGUGUGACGCAUGCAAACUUUUCAAACAGAUUCCACUGCUGAUUGUUUCAGCUCUAAAAUUGAAAAACAUGUAAACAUUCUUAUAAAUGUUGACUUUUGUGUCUUAUGUAAGUUUUAAUAAAAGUGGUUCUUUUAAA